UCUAACCGAUGGAAGGCAAGAGGAGGGAGAGAAGCGGGUAGAUGGCAGUUUAUAUGUGAAAGACAACAGCGGUGCAGUUCCUUGUGAGUUGGGCAUAUGUGCCACAGAAGGGCCAUCGAUCAGGAGGGUAUGUGGAGAUCCUGGCAGACCCGGUACCAGUGAAUCCUGUACCAGAGAGGAUAGUUAAUGCAAUCACUGUUAUCUACCCAGCGCCAGCUAUGCAGCUGCUCAUCACCAGGGUUCCAUGUCGGAAGAGAGCAAAGCUGAACGUGGCGGGUGAGCUAGCCAGACUCAGCUCCCUCCUCUGUAUCAACCACAAGACAUUCUUCUUCCUCUUCCUGAAGUGCUUUACCUCAGCUGCUUGUGUCCCUGUGCUGGUACAGAAACCUGCCCAGCUUGCCUGGCAUCAUGUGCUGAAGCUGGGCCAUGGCUAUGUGCUGACAGCACUGAGCAUGUCUGGCCUGAAGAUGUCUGGGCAUAAAGUAUUUGUCACCAGCUUCUCCUCGUGCCUCCGGCCCUACCAUGCAGAACAAGUAAAGGAACAGCCACUGGAUGGUGGCUGGCAGGAAGGCCCAAUUCAGCCAGUGUGUCCCCAGGCCUCUGUGCAGCUCAGCAGCCUCCUGGAGCUGAGAUAUGAGGAUAAGAGGCCAGUAUUGACCAAAGAAUCCAAGAUCCUGUCAUAUGUGGGAACCAUCACCCGAGUACUAAAUGCUCAGGCUGGCCUCUAUGAGCUAGAUAAUAAGGUCUGCCUGUGCCUUGCUUACCAACAGCUCUUGUACUUUGCCCGUGGUCUCCGACCAGGAGCAUGUGUGGAGCUUCGAGAUAUCCACCUUCUGCAGAAGCCCCUGGGCUCGUUCCAUUCCAUUGUGCUUGGUGCCUGCUUGCACAGUACUGUACUCCUCAAGGAUUUUUCAAGGCUCAGCACCUUCCACCAGCCUGUAGCCUCCUCAGGAAAUCUCUACUUAGAGCUCCUCUUCCGCUAUAACCUCAGCCUGCCACUCUACCUGUGGGUGGUGAGCCUAAUAGAGAUGCUGGAGCAGAGAUUUAGCCCUUUCUUUGGGCGUCGGCAGCUGUUGCUGUUUUCCAAGCACCAAAGCCCAGGAGUAGCUGAGAAGUUUCUUGUACCCCUCCUGGAUGCUGUGGUGCCUUCCAAGAACCAGGCCAGAAAUAUAUAUAGUGAGAUCCUAGGAGAAAUUCACGAGUGUCCCCUGCAUCAGUAUCAGCCCCUGGAGCCUCCAUGCCAGGCCCCAGCUCUCUCUCUGCUGUGCUCUAUGGCUGAGAAGAAGAGCUUGGAAACCUUUUGCCCAUCCCAAUUGCUGUUGCCCCUUGAUGCCCAGCACAUGGGCACCCAGGAGCUGAAUUGCAGACUAGCCUGGUCCUACAGCACAUUCUCUGCAGAGAGUUUCCAGCCCCGAAUGGUGUUGCUAGGGGUGCUGAGAGUCUCCUCCAAGAGCAGCUCCCUUCAGCUGCAAGACCAUAGUGGUGUGCUCCCCUGUGUGAUAUGUCGCAGGGAUGGCAGCCCCUUCGCAGACACAGCGCUCAUAGGGUCGCUUCUGCAGGUAGAAACCUACCAGCUUGUUGUGGAGAUGUUCCUUCAAAGUGAUUUUCCCUCCUGGGAGCAGCUGCUGAAUUUAGAGCAUGUGAGGGAGAAGAAAACAAGUCUAUACGUGCAGUUCUACUUUGAAGAUGCGCAGAUUCUCAGCCAUCCAAAACCACUAACUGGGGAGCGACCUGCAAGCAGGGGCAGUCUGUGUCUGGGGAAGAAGGAUGAUGGUAACCCAAAAGUUGAGCUAGACUCGCCAGAUGCAAAGGUGCCAAAAUUGGAGGGGACCGAGGCAGGAACCAGCAGCAAAGAAUAUUGUGCAAGAGACCCAGGCAGCACUAGCAGAGCCAGCUGCGUGUCUCGUCUUUUCCUGGUCACCCAGAAAGAGGGGCUCAUGCCCCGCAACUACAUGCCAUCAGGGGAAGGACAUGAAGAGAAACAGGAGCUGCAGCCUAGCUUCCAGGCCACUGCGGUGUGGAUGGGCAAACCUCGGCUAUGGGCAAAUCCCAGAGAAAUCAGGAGCUUGCCAGAGUCAGAGCAGACCACUGACCACAUGGAGGGCAGUGAGACACAGCAGAGAGUGCUGCUGCUCUUCAUGGGGAAAUCAAGCCGAUGGUUUCCAGUCCUGCACCCCAAUGGGCUGUACCAGAUUGUUGUGCCCCACUGCACGGACUUGGGCGUGUUCAAGCAGCUCUGUCUCCCGCCAGUGCCAGAGAGGGUCCUGGACCAGUCAUGCUGCCCCUCCUGUCUGUCUGUCCCAGAUACCUGGCACUUACAGCAUGAAACCUGGAUCUCCUGUCUGGCUUACCCCCAGCUGGUGCCAGAGUCAGUGCUACUAAGCAUGGGGCAGAGAGUCUCCUCCAUCCCAGAUCUAUUCAGCCCCAGGUUUACAGGUUCCCUUGUCUCUUUCUGUGGUGAAAUAGUGGAAAGGGCCUCAUGUAUACCUAUCAAGUACGAGAGACAGUCUGCAUCUUCCAACACCCAAGGCCACAAAGAAAGCCUCCUGCCCUCGGCCUACAAUGUGAAGCUAAGCGUCAUCGCUGCUCCUGGCUCCUCCUUCGUGCUCAGUGUUUACAUUACCACCACCUUUCUGAAACAUCUGCGGGGCUUGCUGCCUGGGGCCAAGAUCCUCUUCCAGAACCUGGAGCGCAAAAUCUCCAGAUUCCACAAUGUGUAUUGCACCUACGUUGCCUCCAGUUGCAUCCGCAUCAUAGCUCUGCCAGUCCCCGGCGUGCUUCUUCCUCCCAGCCCCAAGGGUGCAGCCUCAUCCCCCCCGCUCGUGCUCUUGUCUAGCCUGCUACUUCAGCCCUGCAGCCUGUCCCACGCCCAGGCUUUCUGCCAUCUCUCCCAUGUCUUAGCACUGUCCCUGCACUGGAUCUGCUCCCUCUGCUGCAGCAUCUUCAGAGAGGGGAGAUGUACCCGACAGAGCCCACCCUGUCCAUCAUACACAGGAGUGAGUCAAGCCAGUGCUCGGAUCCUGGUGGAAGAUGGAACCGGGGAGGCCCUGGUGCAGUGCAGGAACCAGCAAGUGGUGGCAGCCUUAGGCCUAAACUCUGCAGAGUGGGAAGCUGUCCAGAGCUGUGUGCAAAGCCGGGGCAGCAUUUCCAUCCAGCUUGGGGGAACUAGUGCUGGGACUGCAUGUGUGGAGGAGCCUGACGAUCUUCUUGUCUGGUACCUGAGGAGCUUGUGUAGGAGCCCUGUUGCUUGCCGGCCCAUUCUGCUAACUUUCAGCCUCGACAGGAAGCCCUCAAAGAUUCCUCAGCCUGUUACACUGCAGCUGAGAAGAUUCCUGGGCACAGAGGUGGAAUUUAUGUCUCAGGUGGGACCUCGCCCAAUUCUGACAAGUCUCAAUAUCCAGGAGGCAGAACAUAAAGUCUUAUCCUAUCUGAACAGGAAGAGGACGCUCAGCCUGAGACAUGGCCCCUUGCCUAUAUCCACAGAGGACACAUAAGGAGGACUCCAGUAUAGUCUGGCAGCACUUGGGAGCUCAGCAAGCGCAGUGGCCCUGCAGUUGGGGCUGUGAGUGUCGGUAGGACUUGGAAUCAGUAUUUAAAAUGUGUGGGAUUGCAAAGUGUCCAUGGAUUGCGUUUUUCCCGAAUGCUGUCUUUCUGGGUCUCGGGCAGCUGACCAAAGUCCAGCUUCUGGGAAGGGCAGGUGCUCAGCUCUUCCACAAAGUCAGCCACUAGCUUAGACCCAGAGUGCAGGCUGUACAUGUUUCAGAGGAGCGUGAUGUAAAUAAAACUGUUUAAUAACACC